AUGGACAAAUGGACGACUUUGGAGCCUGUCAAACUCCAUGGUCCUAAUCGCCAAUCUCGACUACCUGCCUUCAAUCGCCACACAUUUAUAGGCGUAUUUCCGCCGGAAGUGCAUGUGCGGAUCAUAGCAUAUCUUCCUAUUCCCUCUUUACCUACCUGCGCACGCGUCUCUCGAGCAUUCUCUCGCCUGGUCCGUGAUGACCGAGUAUGGAAACAAAAGUACGAUGCACUUGGAAUUAAACAUUUUGAACUUGAUCCUGCCAUCGACGCAUUGGAAACCGUCUCAGCAAAUCAAAGCGUACAGAAACCUGCUGUAUCUACCCUCCCUAUUCCCGCCGAGGAAGAUGAUUUUGGAGAUUUUGCAAGCGCGCCGCUUAGUCCACCAAUGCCAGGCACGCAGGAACCGAGACUGAUGGUGUCGGAAUAUGGCGAUUUUGUUGUUGCUGGAGAAGCCCAACCUGCUUCCGCAUUUCCAGUAGCUCCAGUUACCAGUUUGUACGCACAAUACCUGAGGGUACAUCGCCUCUUGAUUCCGCUGCUACCCGCUCUGCUGGCCUCGCCCCAUCUAGUUCUACCAACCUUAUUUCCCGAAGGAGUAGGACCAAUGCCCCGAUCUCUCCAGGCCAAAGUACUUCAUUUACUCUCCCGGUUUCUGGGACCUCUUGUACAGCCGACGCUCAAUUGGCCUAAUGCACGGCGAGCACUGAUGGCAACCUUGGAUCGGUUUGAUGGUGCCUUGUUGGGCGCGUUUGACGUUGCUGAUGGCCAAGCGGACGAAGAAGGAAUGAAAGACUGUGCGAUGGCCAGUUGGGAGGCAUGGAUCGCACUGGAUGACGAACGGAUUGGGGAUGAAUGGGAGAUGGCUAAUAUCACCUUGACUGGUCAACUCGACUUUUCGCCCAUGGAUAAAUUUAUGUCACAUGUUCUUGAAGCGAUAGACAAACACGGGACAUUGGCGACUCGGGUCUUUCCUGCUGCCUCCCGAGUCUUGCCCUCUUUUGCGGACAGAAUUGCCAAUGAAGUCAUCCAGGAAUACAUCACUCAACUUCUCAACAAGGCCCGCGAAGCCAGCACGACCUUAUACCUACAGGCCGCCGCUGCGAGUUUUGUCCAAGCAUGGAGGCUGGUCGGUGCCACGAGGGCGGCGACAGGAGAGAAUGACAAGGUGAUCACCCAAACACAAGCAGAGGACAUUAUCUUCCGAAUGUUCGAGCAGCACAUGGACGAAUACCUUGAUGAAGAGACAGAAAUUGCUAAAGCUACCUUUGAUCAAAUUUGCAAAGCAUGGGAACGCAAGCUGGAUGUACAAACUCGAAGUAUAUCAUCCGCGGCCAUUGCGACACCUAGUACUCAAGCACGUUUUCUUGGAUCUCAAAACCCGGCUCAAGUUAAAAGAACGGUGCUCACGAGCUUCACUAAUGUACUUUUGCUUCCUGUAACCAUCGUCCCUCGGGUCGGAGAACAAAUAGGGAGUGCAGCUGUCACCGGGCUUGGGAUGCUUAAUCCCCAACGAUGGUCCGGGAAUUCACGUGUUGAUCCGAGUGGAGCAUAUCGUACACCAGUCGGAGAGCGUGAUGGGGAUGGAGGCAUGCUAUUCGAGAUCGAGGAAGAAGAUGAGAAAGGUGAAAAAGACGAUGGGCUCGGAGAGUUGCAGUCUUCUAAGGAGCAAGAUCCUUGGGCGGGAGAAAACAAACGAAAAUCCGAGGCAGCCUCCAUUGCAUCGGUUGCAACAACUCGGUCACAACCCCAGUCACAAUCCCGAAGAUCAACGGUCACCUCUACGACGACAAUCGAUCUUCGAUAA